AUGCCUUCUUUGAUUUGUUUGAAAUCGCUCUCAAUUCUUCUGUUCUACAUACUGGGUUUACUUAUCUUUUCACCAACUGAAACAUCCUCAACUUUCAGUCAUUACAACUGCACAAGCAAGGGUAAGUUUACUCCUAAAAGCACUUACCAAUUCAACUUAAAGAAACUCUUGUCUACACUUUCAUCCAAGGCUUGUGACAGCACCAACCAAGUCUUCUACAAUAGCACAAUAAGUGGAACAAACAAACAUGACACUAUCUAUGGCCUCUUUAUGUGUAGUGGAUACGUAGAUCAAUGUGGACAAUGUGUGAGGAAAUCCAUCAAGAUCCUUAAAUCAAAGUGUGCCUUCAAUAAAGAAGGCAUAAUUUGGAGUGAUGAGUGCAUGAUUCGUUACUCAAACCGGUUUUUCUUUAACACUAUGGAGGAAUGGCCAUCAUACUGUAUGAAGAACACUGAGGAUUAUCAAGGCCUAUUGGAUAGUUUCAAUGAAGUACUAAAGUCCUUGAUGGAGGAUCUUCUAACUCAAGCCAGUGAAGCUCCAAUGGGUUCUAAUAAAUUUGCUGUGAAGAAAGCAACUAUCUCUGAGGACAAGCAUUUAUUUGGCUUUGCUCAGUGCACCCCAAACCUUUCUAAGGAUAUAUGCAAAAAGUGCCUCAGGGAUGCCAUGGAUUAUCUUCAAACAUCAUGUGCUAGAGGAAAGAUAGGAGGAAGAGUUCUAUAUCCUAGUUGUAUUGUUAGAUAUGAUCCUUAUCUGUUUUUUCCACUUCCUAGAGGGAAAAGAAAGAAUCUUGGAGCAAUAGCAUCAAUCAUAAUUUUUCAUGCACUUGUUCCAGUCAUGAUUUUCUUUUUUGGGUGCUAUUUUACUAGAGAAGAUACGUAUCUUUACUUAAGUGAUUUAUUAAUUUUUAACAUUUUUGGUCUAGAUGGGGAUGAGAUUACAACAGAAAUGAACUCUUUGCAAUUUGAUUUGAGGACUAUUCAAGAAGCAACUAACAAGUUUUCUGAUGAUAACAAGAUAGGGGAAGGUGGUUUUGGAGCAGUUUACAAGGGUAUGUUUCCUAAUGGACAUGAAAUAGCAGUAAAGAGGCUCAGAAGAAAUUCUAGUCAAGGAUCUAUGGAAUUCAAGAAAGAGGUUUUGCUGAUUUCCAAGCUUCAACACAGAAAUCUUGUGAGACUGUUAGGGUUUUGCAUGGAAAAGAAUGAGAAGAUACUCAUUUAUGAAUUUGUGCACAACAAAAGCCUUGAUUACUACCUAUUCAGCCCUGAAAACCAUAGAAAAUCAACUUGGUCUGAACGAUACAAGAUCAUAAGGGGAAUUGCACGAGGAAUUCUUUAUCUUCACGAGGAUUCUCAUCUCAACAUCAUACACUGCGAUCUCAAACCUAGCAAUAUUUUGUUAGACAACAGAAUGAAUGCAAAGAUAUCAGAUUUUGGCUUGGCAAGGAUUGUUGCCAUUGAUCAAAUGCAAGGAAACACCAGCAUAAUUGCUGGGACAUACGGUUACAUGUCUCCUGAAUAUGCAAUGCUUGGCCAAUUUUCGGUGAAAUCUGAUGUAUUCAGCUUUGGAGUAAUAAUUCUUGAGAUUGUUAGUGGAAAGAGAAAUGUUGAUUCUAGUGGGGUAGAUUGUGAUGACCUCUUGAGCCAUGCUUGGAAGAAGUGGAGAGAAAAUAAACCAUUUGAAUUGUUGGACCCAACAUUAGAACACUCAUCUUCUGAAUCAGAAAUCACAAGAUGCUUACAAAUUGGUCUUCUAUGUGUCCAAGGAAACCCAGAUCAGAGGCCUGUCAUGGCAACAAUUGCUUUGUAUUUUGACUGUGAUCUGGUUGAUCUGCCUUUACCUCAAGAGCCAGCAUUUUUCAUGCGUGGAAAAACAGAAACUAAGGAUGGCUAA